GCCCGAACAACCCUGCAAAUCAGUGUUAAUGGCUCAUAAGUACAGACCAAGCUGAUAUUUUAUUGAAAGAAAAGCCUUGCAGAGAUGCCAAGAGAGAAUACUAGUGGAACAGAAGAGCCUGUGUUAAGGGAGAACAAGGGCAGGACACAAAACUCUCAGUGCAACUCCUUACGCAGAGCUGUAGCCACUGCAGUGACCUUUGAUGGAGAGGUGACUACAGACAGAAGGAAGAAGAGAAAGAAAGAACCCCGCCCAGAAUCAAUAAUCGUGUAUCGGUCAGGAAAUGAAAACAAGGUGGAAGAAGAACAGGUGGAUGAAGAGGGGGGUGAGAAAAGUUCAGAGGAAGGCUCCAAGUUCUUGGGACAGUCUAUAGGAGAUGGUUCUUGGACUAUGCCCUUAGAUAGCAGAUAUGUUACAUUAACUGGAACCAUCACAAGAGGAAAGAAAAAAGGCCAGAUGGUGGACAUUCAUGUUACACUAACUGAUAAAGAGCUGCAGGAGCUGGCUAAGUCGAAAGAGCCUCCCAAAACUGAAAUUCCUGAAGGAAAAAAUAUUUGUGGGCUGGCUAAGGGCCCCCAUGUCCUUCUCUGGAGCCUUGCCUGCCUUCCUGUCAUUUUCAUUAUGUCCUUUGUGGUUUCUUUUUACUAUGGGACCAUCACCUGGUACAAUGUCUUCUUAGUGUACAAUGAAGAGAGGACCUUCUGGCACAAGAUCACCUUCUGUCCCUUUCUAAUCAUCUUCUACCCCAUCAUAAUUAUGGUCGUUUCUUGCUCCCUGGGCCUUUACACAGCGGUGACUCAGAUCUCAUGGGCCUUUGGGGAUUGGUGGCAUGCUGUGAGAGACAUGGAAAAAGGGUUCUGUGGCUGGCUGUGUAGCAAGAUGGGCUUAGAAGACUGUUCUCCAUACAGCAUUGUUGAGCUGUUAGAUUCUGACAAUGUCUCAGGUAGUCUAUCCGCUAAAGGCUCAGUGCAAGAAGAGGUUUCAGCUGUCUGAGCCUUUGUUCCAAAGACUCUGG